GGAGGCCGAGCUGUCGCUGAGCCUGGCCCGCACCAAGACCCGCUCGUACGGCAGCACGGCCAGCGUGCGGGCGCCGCUGGGCGCCGGCGGCAUCGAGCGCCAUGUGGAGCACCGGGUCCGCGCCGGCGACACGCUGCAGGGCAUCGCGCUCAAGUACGGAGUCACGAUGGAGCAGAUUAAAAGGGCAAAUAAACUGUUUACCAAUGAUUGUAUAUUUCUGAAGAAGACUUUGAACAUCCCAGUUAUAUCAGACAAGCCUUUGUUGUUUAAUGGACUUAACUCAAUAGAUUCUCCAGAAAAUGAAACUGUUGGUAGUUUUUCUCAUGAAGAGGAGCCAGUAGCAGCUGGGGAAGACCUCUCUCCUCCCAGUCCUCAAGAAUCCGAUGUUCGGCCUGUGCAGGCUGAGGAAGUGUCAGCCAGAGAUUUCCUGCAGAGACUAGACUUACAGAUUAAGUUAUCAACACAGGCAGCCAAGAAACUAAAAGAAGAGAGCAGAGAUGAAGAAAGUCCCUAUGCAACUUCCCUCUAUCACAGUUAGAUCAUCAAGGGGCACGGUCUAACCUGGGAUAAGAGAUGGUUGGAUCAUAAGGAAAGCAACAACUGAAGAUUCAAAAGCAUCCCUUUUGGAUUCUCGUGGCAUACAUCUUUAAAUCACAAUUAAGUAGUUCCACCUACUGCAAAUGCACUCAUGUGAUCGGCUCCUUCUGGCUUUCUAUAAUGUUAAGUCUUUGUUAUGGCAUGAUAGCAAAAUUGUCUCCUAAAGCUCAUCACUUUUGUGGGUGGUGGUAGUUUUUAGACUAGCUUUUGUAAACAUUAGUUGACAUAAAGCAUCAAAGACUAUUUACAUAUUCAAGCUAAAAACAAUGUUUAUCUCCUCAGAAAUCCUAAUUAUGUGAAAAACAUGGUUACUGUUUAAGUGAUGCUGAUUUUGCUAUGUGUUUAUAACUUAAGUGCUAUAUAUAUAUUAUAUAUUUCGAUAUGUGUUACAUAUUCUGUAACAAUACAAAGAACCAAAUUUUGUCUGCUAUUUUGUAAAAAUAAACUAUAAAAGUCUGAAUGAGAAAAUAAACUAUGUUUUCAUAUUUG